AUGAGUAUCAUUACUCAAAUUCAAAUGGAAGAGACUAGUUCUCUGAGGAAACAAUUGGACUCUCAGACAAAUGAGCUUAACCAGAGACUACGCCAAAUAGAAGAAAAUAAAGAAAAAAAGAGAAUGGCGAACGAAAAUGUUGAAGGGCUUAUUACUGACAUUGCUGCUGCUGAAGAAGAAACAGCAAGAUGGAAAAAAGCAGCCGAGCAGGAGGCUGCUGCUGGUGGAGCUGUUGAACAAGACUUCACCUCACAGCUGCAUGUGCUUAAAGAAGAACUUGAAGAAGCAAAGCAAGCGAUUAAAGGAUCAGAGAAGAAACUAAAGUUUAAGGAAGAGACGGCAGCAGCAGCCAUGGGUCCAAGGGAUGCAGCAGAUAGAUCUCUAAGACUCGCAGACAAUAGGGCAACUAGGCUGAGGGAAAGAAUACAAGAACUAAACCAUAAAGUUGAAGAAUUAGAAACCCAUCGAGAUAUGAACAGUUCAAACAGAGCUAGAUAUGUUUGUUGGCCGUAGCAACUUCUCGGGAUCGAUUUUGUGGGAGGUGGAAGAGUUGAGUCUGAAGAACAACAACAGAGUUCGAACGAGGUGGAACUCGCUUGAAUCUCUACUAUGACAAAACCGGUACUUUAUACAGUUACUUUCAGUAUUUAGUUUUUGAUUCUUAUGUAUAUUCCAGCUGAUAAAGUUUUAAAGCUUGAACAUGUUCUGUUUUCCUGUUGUAAACUUG